AUGGCGUCAAGGAUGGCUGCAAGGUUUGUUACUCGGAGGCUGUCAAGCAGUGGAAAAGUGCUUAGUGAGGAGGAAAGAGCUGCAGAGAAUGUUUACAUUAAGAAAACCGAGCAAGAGAAGCUGCAGAAGCUUGCACGUAAAGGCCCUAAACCAGAAGAGAACCCAACUGAAAGCUCAGGGGGCUCGAUAUCUGAUGCCAAACCAAGUGGCUCUACCUCUGGAGAAUCAACUGCCAAAGUAUCCACUGACAAGUACCGGAAUUAUGCUGUGGUAGCAGGUGUUGUAACUGUUGGUGCUGCUGCAGGUUGGUAUCUCAAAUCUAGUGGAAAGAAACAAGAAGUGCAGGACUGA